AUAACAAAAGAAAAAGAAAUACAAAUAUUAAGAAAUAAUUGGAGCUUUUAUGUUGAUGCCGUAGUUAUAUUAACUAUAGCAUGGACUCGUGCCAUUACCAAAUUAACUUGUAGACAGCUUCUGACAACCGCCAGCAUCAUCUCUACACACGAGCAGUCACGAGUACGACGGAAAGCAGACGAAAAACAAAACGCAGGUGGUCGAGGUGAUUUCCGUGGUGGGAUGCGAUUUCAGUAUUUGGCGUUAUUCUGUAAUGUAGUCACGUGACGCACGCUUGUUCAAAGAACAAAUGCCUAAAUGCUCCGCGUACGGAUGCCGAAGUGGAUACGACCCGACCACUUCCAAAGGCCGACACUUCUUCGGCGUACCGAAGGAACCCGCGCUAGCCGCCAAAUGGAGCGCCGCUCUCGCUCGCAAAGGAACGGCGCUAGGCGCGAAGAGCACGAUUUGCAACCUGCAUUUCUCGGACGACGUCCUGGUCAAGUACUACGAGCACGUCGUCCAAGGCAACCUAGUGCAAAUUCCGCGUGGCCGCUGGUGCCUCAAGCCGGGCGCCGUACCCACGCUCGGACUCGCGAGCAGCGUUGAAAAACCCGUCAGACGCAAGAGAAGACGGCAGCGCCUGGCAGCAGUGUGCGAGUCGCAGGACCAAACCGUGGUGCAAGACGAACGCUUCGCCGCGCUCAGGGCGAGUCUGGCAGAGUGCAAGGACGUGUCCGGUUGGAGUGUGCACGGAUGUGGCGACGAGCUCGUCGCCUUGUGCAAGAUGAGCGUUGUGGACUCCAUCGUCGUCGUUGAGAAAGCUGUCGUCGUCCGCGACACCUUGGAGGUGACGGUGAACGCGAUUGGACGUGUGGUGCCGACCGAGUACUGCCUUGCGUCGCCUACUGUCCGCGUGAACGAUGCGGAAGAGCUCGGCAAACUUGUGAGCCGUUUGGACGCGCUGAACAUUUGUUCGGGCUACCCCGGUGGCGAGGACUCGAGUGAGGCCGAGCUUCUGAGGACGUUCGGUGUGUUCAGCGAACAGUGCCACGUGCUAUCGAUGCAGCCAGUCUGUGCUGCGUGCCAGCUUCUCAGUGAUGGCAGCUAGCUGUUUCGAAUAUUACAAACUGUUAUGCUCUGUCUUCAAAACGUACUUCCCAUUCCGUACAAACGUUUCACGAAAUAAUCUCCAGAGGCCGGUAAUAGGGCCACAUUGCCGCUCAAGCACUCGCAACAUAAAAUGUCGAGUUUGAGGACACUAGCACGCAACUGCCCUUCACAGGAGAUGGAAGAAAUUAACUGUCCUGUUACCACGCCGACAACAAAGACACACUCUCCCUUCUGCCUCAA